AGAUUUGUCCAUUUGUCUUGUCAAGGGGGACAAAUACGACAAAUAUGACUAAUUCUAGGUUAUCUACUCUACUUUUUUGGUGAUAAUGAGAAGUCUUACAACAAUACACAGUUAAUUUUGUUAUAUACAGUUUCUUUUAAAAUGUUUACAAUUCGUAUUUAACUGCAACAUGCCUCCUGCCAUUGAAAAUCACUAUUGUGACAUUUUAACGGACGAAGAAAAUGUGCAAAUAUUUAAAUUACUAGGAAAUCGUUGCCAAUCCCUAUGUACCACAGUAGUUCAGUUAUAUUUGACGACCCCUCCGGAUCAUUCAAAAUGGAUCAAAAAGACCACUGGUGUUUUGUGCUUUGUAAAAGACAAUACAAAAAAGAAUUUCUUCUUCCGCUUAUUUUCCAUCGACAGAAAUAUAAAGCUGUGGGAACAUGAAAUGUACAACCAUAUGGACUACAUCGAAGCCACUCCAUUCUUCCACAUGUUCGAAGGCGAGAACUGUCACGUAGCUUUCAACUUCGCGAGUAUUCAAGAUGCUCGAGACCUUCGAAUAGUAGUAAAUCAAAAAGUCAAUGCUAGGAAAAAACGAGAAGACAAGAAAAAUAAAGUUAUUAGUCAAAGCCAAACGCUGCCUCCACCAACGACUCAACUUAAUUUUAAUAACUACAGAAAGACAUUAGAUCCGGCGUCUCAACAAGCGAAGAGAAGAAGGAACAUCACUAAAGCCGAUAUUGGAAUUCCUAGAGAUUUUAAACAUAUCUCGCAUGUUGGAUGGGACUCAACUCAUGGAUUUGAUGUCAACACAGAAGACGAAAGCUUAAAAGCUUUCUUUAAAAAGGCUGGCGUUUCUGAACAACAACUUCAAGACAAAAGUACCCGGGAUUUCAUUUACGAUUAUAUUAAUCGAAAUGGAGGCCGAGAAGCAAUCGAACAGACGAACAAAACGAUAGACACGAAUACAGCUCCACCCGCAGUGCCACCUAGAGGACCUCCUGUUUCUAGGCCGUCACACUUUCGUAACGCACCACCGCCUCCUAUUCCAAAUAAAACACCCAACGCUAACAACAAUGCCACUCCUAGGAAGCCUCGGAUGGACGUGCCGCCGCCUAAGAAGCCAGCACCUGUGCCCAACUUUGGAACACCACCAUCUCGAGAUUCUGUUCCAGCAGCACCUCCAGCGCCUGCGCCUCCUCCUCCACCUCCUUUGCCGCCUAUGAUGGACGAAGUUUCCAGUCCGAAAGAAAGCCUAGGACCACCACCACCACCUAUGGGACCUCUGUCUCCUGGACCAGCAGCGGGAGCUAUGGGAAAUGCGGCUUUGUUGGAAAGUAUUAGAAAUGGGACCACUCUCAAAUCCGUGGACGAUCGAAAAGCUCCUCCGCCACAACAAGAAGAUGCUAGGGGCGAUCUACUUAGCGAGAUUAGGAAGGGUUGUAAGCUAAGGCCAGUAGAUGAACGGGACAUCAAACCAGCAGCAAAUCCAUUACCCAGCAGAAGUGACGACUUAGCUAGUGCUUUAGCUAGGGCGUUAGCAAAACGAAGCGAAGUCAUACAUUCUGAAGAUGAUAAAUCUGAUGAGUCGACUGAUUCCGAAUGGGAUUGCUAAAUCAACGACUUUUUAAAUUUAUAUUUUUAUUUAUUUGGUACUGUUUACCUUCUUUUGCUUAUACAUAUACUAAUAAAAACUAAUUGAAACAUAAAA